AUGAGCGCAAGGUCCGCUGCGAUGUUUCGAUUCACGGGAAUCCAUGUACAAAUUGUCGCCUUGAUGGCCAUGAGUGUGCUAUUCGUGCAAGUUCAGGCAGGGGGUGAGUCCUAUCGUUAUCAUCCAUCUCCAAAUCUCAGCUUACAGUUCACAUUUAUCAGGCGUGGAGUAAAAAUACCCCCGAGAGCCGAUACAGCCUUACCCAAUGCCCUAGUUCAUAAACCGAAUAGUAACGCAGGUCUACAAACGGCGCAAAAGAUAAUUCAAAUUCCAGACAUAUCUCGGUUCGCGGAUCCAGCACGGCAAAAUCAAUUCGGUCCUAAUUUGUGGGAAGCGCGGGAAAUUCCCUUUGAAACCUUCGCUACUCUCGAGGCUCAGAUUCCUAAAUUUAUACUUCCAACCGCAAUUGAUGCUCCACGUCAUAACUCAAACGUUGUUUUUUCAUUUUACCGCUUCUUGGAGCUGAGUGAUCUCCCAACGCUGCCGGCCGAAGAUGUCAGAUAUUUAGAACUGAAGGGUUCCCUACAUGUCCCAGCGUCUCCGAUAUUAGAUGAGUUUGUCCGGCAAUACUUUCUGCACGUGCACCCGUGCCUCCCGGUGAUCCACGAGGGGGACUUUUGGAGGUCUUACUAUAACCGACCUGGCCACUCGCGAAAGCCUCAUACCAUAUCGCUAUUUGUGUUCCAAGCGAUGUUAUUUGCGAGUUGUGCGUUUGUUCCGUUUCAAGUUAUCAAUGCAGCCGGAUUCCCGGAUACUCGCACUGCGAGAAAUAUAUUAUAUGACCGCGCAAAGUUGCUUUAUAAUCUCAAUGCUGAGCAUAAUGUGUUAUACAAGGCGCAAGGCUCUGUGUUACUCACUUAUCAAAGUUCAUCGGUGAAUCGCCAUGCGGGUAGCUUGUGGCUCACUAGUGCAAUUCAAAACGCGCUGCUUUUGGAAGCACACAAUUACCACAAACUUAAUCACGAUGAUCCGCUCCGCAAUACGAAGAAGAGGCUAUGGUGGUCCAUUCUGCUGCGUGACAGGAUCCUGCCUUUAGGGCUGCGUCGGCAUCUCCAGAUAGCUUCACCUAAUUUUGACUUGUCACUAGACUGUAUGGAUGAGCGAGAUAUGCAGGAGGAGAUGUACUGCUCCGAGGUCUACAACGUUGAAACGAAACGCCAUCUUGCAAAAGUCUUGAACCUACAGUGCCAACUCGCAAUGGUCCUCACAGACGUAGUGGCAACUGUUUACGCCGCAAACGGCUUUACGCAGCCGCCACCCAUGACAGAGACAGAACUUGAAGCCAGUGUUGCUGAUGUUGUCGGAUUUAGAGAAAAUUUAGCACACUGGGCUCGAGACGCCAAAGCGGCAUUUGCCCCCUUCCAUGGCCCAAAAAAACCACACGAGUCUGUCAUACUUUAUUCCGAGUUAACGAAUAUGUACUAUCAUGCCGCGCGUGUUGCUUUAUGCCAUUAUGAAGCAUUGCUACUCGAAGCCAAUUCAGAUUUGGUACUGGACUCGUAUGAGAAUCGUCUUCAAGCUCUUAGGGAUGACUUGGAGAGCUCAGCCUUGGGCAUAACCAAAUCCGUGAAACGGCUGCUAGCCCACGGCGUGGCAUGCCAUCUUCCUAUCAGCGCCAUUGCUUAUACGGCUUUACCUCUUGUUUUAAAUGCACUUGACGUGAAACUUUCGGGAUCUGGAUCGCAGUCCGCCACGAGGAAACGACGAUUACGAUACUACGCGGAAGUCAUGCAAUUGUAUCGAAGUCGAUACGAUGGAACCGACGAUGUUGCGGUGUACAUACGCGAGAUUCUCCACUUUGCGGAGGCUCAGAAUCUCUCCAUUCUUGAAAAACCGUUGGAAGGUGACGACCCGAACGUUAGUCAAGAAACAAGGGGUUGGGCAGAAGUAUUUAUUCGACAGCCGCGAUUCUAUUUGCGCCUGUCCCUUACUCUUGAUUACGCCCUUGCACGGGGCAGAUAUCCACAGGACAGCGACCUCCCAAUCCUUGUCCGAGAAUUACCAGUGAAAGCUAUUACACACUCCACUUAUCCAGACAAGACACUAAGCCAGGAGAUAGCCGCGCAUACUCCAAAGGCAGACCCAGGAGAACAGAAGCAGAACAAUGAUCAGCCACUGUCCUCUACAGACUCGACUUCACCUAAGAUCAACACUGACGAUAGCGCCGUGACUGAUACUCUGACAAAGGCGGAGAUGCCGUCCACUCAAGCUACGUCACCGCCCUGGAGCCCUGAGCAGUUUGGUUCAACCAACGAAGCUCAAGAGAAGCAUGAAUCGUCUCCCAUACAGCCGCAUGAUUCACAGCAACCGUCCUCACCUCCACACUACCAGGACGUACAAGACAUUAACAUUGACUUUUUGGAUCUUGGUUGUAUGCAAAGUAUGGAAGAUAUGAAUUUUCCAGAUGAGAUAGAUACGAGCACCGAUAUUGAUUGGGCCAAUACCAUGCUGGAUGAGAUACUAAACGCGAUUCCGGCAUAGCCGAAUAUGUUAGCCGGUCAAAUGAGUCGAGUGGCCAUGGGAUUUAUGGCAUGGUGCGACAUAAUUAUGAGCCUGGAGCCUUUCUUAUAUGAUGGAAAAAGGAAAUUUGUUGGUCGUUUGUAGUAUUCCACCUUUGUAGAUGAGCUUCGUUUGGAAGAGAUUUAAUAUUUGGUUGUUCACAUGACUAUUAUGCGAGACAGGCCCGAGGCAUUUUAAUCAAUUAUGCUUUUUGGAAACUGGACUCUGGCGCCGAAUAAUAGCCUAUUCGAAUAUGACUUGUUUGAAAACCUAA